AUGGUUUAUAAAAAGAAAGAGCGAGAAAAAAAUUUAAUCAGAUGUUCACUGUUUUCAUUGAUUUUACUAGUAAUUUUAGAAAUAUCUGUAUUUGGAGAAGAGAGAAUAUUAUUCAAAAAAUAUUUAUCUGGGCUUAAUAAAGCUGAUCAAGGUGGCCAUUUAGAUGGCAGUGAGUUAAUUGAUGCAACUACAGAUCUUAAAUUCAAACAAAUUUUGAUAGAGAGAACAUGUGGUGAUAAAGGGACAGAUUACUCUAAGGAAGGGCUAAAAUUUGUCAAAAAUAAUCUGGAAGAGUUUUCAUUAAACGAGUAUUACAAAUUAAAAUCUUUGAAUAAGUUACCAAAAAUUUAUUCUGGAAAAAAUGAAAAAUUAAUGCUUAGAUCCUUUAGAGAAGGGGAAAUUCUGGGGUCACCAUUAAGGCUAAGAUUGAGAUUAUUGAAAGACGAGUUUUCUAUUCAAAUUAUUGAAGAUGAUUUUGGCAUUUUUUCAGACGAACUCGAUAGCAAUAUUAAUAUCAUUUAUCCCAGGGUAAUGAAUGAAAUCAGAUAUACAGUACUAUUGUGUGGUGGUGGUUUAAUUACCAUGCUACCCGUCAUACGAUAUAUAAAAUCCUUAAAUAGCUAUGGAGAAUAUAUCUCUAAUGAUCCCAUAAUUUUACAGGCUAUUGGCAUUUAUGAGAGAGAAAUGACAGAAUCUAGACGCAGGAGUGCCAAAAUUGAAGCAAAAUAUCUAACAACAUUGCCGUAUUCAGAUGAAAUAUAUACUGGAAAAAGUAUUAAGGGAGGUGGUCUGAUAAUUGGAAUAUCUGACUCUAUAGAGGAGGAAAAGAACUUAGUGACUGACAUUCAAGAUAAACAGAAUUUAAAUGGUGAAUACCAGGGAGCAGUUCUAGGAUUAAAUAUCCGUGCAAAAGAAGAUUUCUUUAAAAAAAACAGAGAAAACGCCAUGAAUUAUGCACAAGGGCAUUUUGUAUACAACUCAGUAUUUGAUUUUGAUUCUCCUAAUGCAUUAUUUACUGUGCUUAAUGAGAAAUUAUCUACUUUCGAAAAGAUUAAUAGUGAAUUUAUUAGCAAUGGUAGAAGCACAAUACCUCACCAAAUAACUAGGGCGGAUUCGAUUAAGAAUACAACAAUAAAUAGAAUCAAAUCGAGCUUGGAGACACUUGAUCGUGAUUUAAAUGAGUACACUUCCGAAGGAUCAAUUGAACCUGGCUCUCUUGAGCCCAAUACCAAAAUGGGUGAAACAAUUUUACCUGGUGCUGAUCCACUCAAUCCAGAAAGUAUUAUCAUUGGAAAGCGAAUUAGGCCAAAUGACCAAAUAUCCUCAGGAUCAAUUGAAAAAGCAACAAUAAUUCCAGAAUCAAAGCUGAAGUAUUCAGAACUUGAACCUAUAAAAGGAUUCCCAGUAAAUGAAAAAGUUAACAAAGUAAUAGCUGAAAUACUUAAAGAGCUAGACAAUGAAAGCUAUCUUGAUGAUUUAAUUAACUUAAAAAAUUCAAAAGUUUAUGGUGAAGCUUAUAGAAGAUUCCCUGCAUAUAUUUCCCAAAAAAAAAUAAUUCCUAUUAGUGAUCAAGCAUACGUUUUUUGGGAGUCUUUAAGACUAUCGAAUAAUGUAAUGGGGAAGAAACAUGGUAUUACUGUUUCUAAUUUUCCAGAAAAAGAAAACAUACCUGGUGAUAAAAUUUUGCCAAAUAAAAUACCUGUAACAGGUAAAGAAAUUACCAAAAGUUGUUAUAGAUUAAUAAGAUAUUUUCAAAAAAGUGGGACUCCUUUUAUUUUCAGGAUUGCAUCGAAAAUUCAGGGUAGUAAAGAUUAUAAUGUAGAUUUUAUUGAUCCAGUAGAGCCAGAAAAUAAUAAAAAAUAUAAAUUGUAUGCAAAAAUGUUUUGCAAUCAAAUACUACCGGAAAUUUUUGUAUACACAUUCCACAAAGUAUUUGAACUUCUCAUUUCUAAACGAGAACAAAAAUAUUUCAAUGAAUUGGAUGAAAAGAGAUUGGAGCUUGAAGUUCAGCAGAAGGAGGCAGAAGCAUUAAAGAAGAUACGAGACUCUGUUAUGUCAAGAGUGCAUAUUACUCCUUAUAUUAUUGAAAAACCAUAUGAAAGAUACUUUAACGCUUGGAGAAGAAGCUUUGGGUAUAAUGGAUUUAUUUUUUAUCCUCAAAUAAAAAUUUCUAUAUUAGAAAAAAUGUACAAUAUUGUUAAGUUUGGCCCACAAGUCAUAGAAAAGAAAAAGAAGAAUGCUUCACCUGAUGAGGUCAAGAGUUCUAUUUCAAAAGCUCUUGUAAGAAUUAUUGACGAAUACUUUGCAUCAAUAAAUACAAUGGAUUUAUUCUUGCAUAGAAGUCAAGUCGAAGAGUUCCUUAAUAAGAUAUUUUCGAACUUAUUUAAUAUUUCAAUGAUUGAUUUAAUUAAAAAAAUGCCAAUUACCCCCGAAAUGGAUAUUAAAAGUCAUGGGAGUAGUUUGGAAAUAAAGGAGUUAUUUGUAAGUUGUACCGAUUACAUUAAGGCAAUAAUCAAUUUUAAUAAAAAUAUAAAUAAAAUAACUGAUGAUUUGGAUCUGGAAGGCAAACUUGGUAAAAAUAACAGCAAAAAAUCAAAUUCUAAAGCUUCCAAAAGAGAUUUUUCAGUAGAAAUCAAGUUCCUUGAAAAUGGGUAUGAAUCUGCAUGUAUGUUUUUAACUAAUUUGUUAAAACCAAACAUAAUUGAAUACUCUUUAUUGAUGGGAUUAAAUGAGAAAAUCACAAAAAAAGUAGAGAAAAUUAAAAGUUCCUUUAUUCACCAAUCGUUGACAGAUAGCUCCAGUACAAUUCCCUUUGAAUUAGGAUUGAAGAUGUUCGAAAAUAGCUAUAUGGAUGUUUAUAAAAGGGUUUGUGAGCAACAUGGAAUAUUGCAUUUCAUACCAGAAAAUGAAUAUCAAUAUUUUGACUCUUUCCCUAUGUUUAAUGAAAUGUCUAAACUUACUCGUGUUGAAUUGACUUCCAACACCAUUAAUUUUUCGGAAAUUGAACAAAUAUUUUUGUCUGUAUUUGAGAGUAUUAUAAAAUCUAAAAAAGAUGGUAGAAGAUUGGAAUUAUUUAAUGAAAAUAUUAUGGCAACAUUUAUUUUUGAAAUUUUGAACGAAAAGAAUGUAAACACUCCAUCGGAAAUAAAAUCUUUACCACCUUUCUCGGUGUCACAUAAAUAUCCUUGGUCACCUUUUUUUAACAAAGGAUUAAAUCAAUGGUGUACAAGUAUGAUUAAUUCUCUUGUUGAACAAAAACUGUUAAAAAACGCUAAGGAUGAUAAAGUUUUUGAUAAAAAUGAUAUCGAGCCAAUAAUUAAGUCAACUUGUAAGGAAGAAGUAUUACUCAGAAUUCGAAAUAAUAUAGAGUACGAGGCAGAUGAAAUUUUAAGGAGGAACUUUGCCUAUCAUCUAGCAGCUUCUUUUGUCUAUUGGCAUUAUUAUAUUCCUUUACCAAAAUGGAUUUUUUUCGAGAAUUGGGAAAGCAUAUAUUCAUCCAAAUCAACGAUUAAACUUUCGGAAGAACCUGAAAUUAGUUUAGUUACUUUCAUUUUAUUUAAAUGUAUUGCAGAUCUAGAAUACACAAGAAAUACUCCGAAUGGAAAGGAAAUGCUGAAAAUUAGAAGAGACCUAUCAAAUAUAGGAGGUAAUAGUGCACCAAGAAACAAAGCAAAUAUGGCUAAAUUAAAUUUAUGGAGUAACACUCCAAUUAAGUCGAUUGAUGGAGAAAGAUUAAGCUUAGCAUACUUCUUUUUCCCUAAUGUUAUUGGCAGAGAUAUUAUUGCAAAGAUUACCCCGGAAGAUGUUCUUGCUUUUACAGGCCCCCAUGAUAUAUUUUGGGUUGGUGCAGAUGAGAAAGAAUUUCUCCCUAUGUGCUUGAAUUCAAUUGAAAAGUUAAAAGAAUAUUUAAGUUCAAAGAAGUUAGAUUCUAACGAAGAAAUAAACAUUUGGGUGUCUGAUGAUGUGAAUUCGAGAGAAUUAUUCUGCAGAGAUAUCGCUGGAAGGUUCUUUUAUCCAAGAUCUUUCACAAACAGUGAUUCUGAGUUACCAAAAGAAAUUAAUUCCAAACAAGUAUUUUCUAUAGAAAGGCUUAAGCUAAGAAGAUCACAGUGGUUAGCAAUUCAAGAAGCAAUUAGAAGAAGAACUGAAAAGGAGGAAAACAAAACAGAAUACCAGGGUGGAGGAGACCAACAACUAAUUAGCCUGAAUGUUUAUUCAAGUUUCGUUGUUGACUUUCAAGAGUCUGAUGAACAGAUUAAUCCUGGAUCUUUUAUGAAGAAUUGUAUUGCUGCUUUUGAUACUGCAAUGCUAUUUCCGGAAGGAAGUCCUUAUAAGUUAAAGAUACUGAACAAACCAAAUGAGACAAUUAGAGAUAUUUGCGAUGAAUCAAUGAAAUUAUUCUAUUCAUCUGCAGUUCCAAUGGACUGGGAUGAGCAACAAUCUCAAUUCAAUCCAAUAUCUUUGGAUGAUAUUUACUCAGUUUCCAGAAUAGCUCUAGCACAACAUAAUGUAAUAUCUGAGCAAAUAAAUGAACAAAAUGAACUAGGAGAUUACUCGAUCAGAAGCUCUGAGAGAUUCAACAAUUUAUUUUCUUCCUUGAUAAGAAACAUUGGAGUUUCUGACUCCACCUCUAAAUUUAUGGAGAUAUGUUCUGAAUAUAUUUGGGAGUGCAUUAAGAGAAAGUUAUUAUUUCUAGGAAAUGGCUACGACAUUUCAAACAGUAAUGAACUCAUUGAGAAUGUUUGUAAAAAGUCCUCAUAUAGAUACUUCGUAUCAAAUGUACCUAUUAAAAGUGAGGAAAUAUCAAUGGAAAUCAAUUCUGGCAGAGAAAUUUCGGAAUGGCAGCGAACAAGGUACAAAACAGUGCAGUGGAAAAUGUUAGAAAAGGUGUUUGAUUCAUUUGCAAAUAGAUAUCCUGGAGGUUAUGAAAAAGCUAUCUCUAAGACAUUCAAGCUCCCAAAAUACAUGCAAUUAGCAAACUUCAAUAAUAGUGAAGAUAUUUUUACUGUUGAAGAGGAUUGUAAGAAAGCAAUGAGCUAUUUAAUUCGUCUUCAUUCGUGUGCCUCUAACUUCGUCAUUAUUUUUGGGAAAGUAACCGAAUUUUGUAAUUAUGUUUCACAAGCAUUCAAGCAAAGGAAUUCGUAG